AUGUCUGCUCAAGCAUUCGAUCUCGUUAUCAUUGGCAGUGGCCCAGGUGGCAGCACAGCAGCUCUCUAUGCCGCACGUGCCGGUCUUAAGACAGUUGUUCUCCAUGGUGAAGUUCCAGGAGGCCAAUUAACAACAACAACAGAACUCGAGAACUUCCCAGGCUGGAAGGGCACAGGCCCAGGCCUUGUCGAGCACAUCGAACAGCAGGCUACAGCCGCUGGUGCUGAGUACAGAUACGAAGUUGUCACAAAGGUCGACUUCUCCGUCAAUCCAAAGCGCCUCGAGACCGAUAUGGGCACAACAUACGAUGCUAAGACAGUUAUCAUCGCUACAGGUGCUACAGCCGUCUACCUUGGCAUCCCAUCUGAAGAACGCCUUAAGGGACGUGGUGUUUCCGCCUGCGCUACAUGCGAUGGUCCACUCUACAAGGGCAAGAACGUUUGCGUUGUCGGUGGUGGCGAUGCUGCUGCUGAAGAAGCCUUAUUCCUUAAUAACAUCUGCAAGUCAGUCCACAUGAUCCACCGCCGUGACCAACUCCGCGCCUCCCUCCCAAUGAGAAAGCGUGUUGAGAAGUCCACAAUCAAGAUGGUCUGGGACUCAGAAGUUGACGAAAUUCUCGGCGAGAACAAGGUUACAGCCGUCCGCGUCAAGAACAACAAGACAGGCGAGACACAGGAGAUCCCAUGCGAUGGCAUCUUCAUCGCUAUCGGACACCGCCCAGCUACAGCUAUCUUCAAGGAGUACCUUGAGACAGAUGCCCAGGGCUACUUCGUUACAAACGGCUCUCCAGCCACAAAGGUCCCAGGCGUUUUCGUCUGCGGCGAUUGCGCUGACAGAACAUACCGCCAGGCUAUUACAUCUGCCGGCACAGGCUGCCAGGCUGCUCUCCUUGCUGAGAGAUAUCUCAGUGACUAA